CCUCAGCUUGACACUGGCGUCCCAGCAGACCAGGAGACUUCGGCUCCGCUUGGAGGAACAGCCAGCCUGUAUGGUGGAGAACCAUUCAAUAUUUUUUAUUUCUUUCUAGGGACCGGCUGUAUGAUUAAGCUACAAUCUUCAAUGAGUAAGCAUAUCCCACAGUUCUGUGGUGUUCUGGGUCACACAUUUAUGGAGUUUCUGAAGGGCAGUGGGGACUACUGCCAGGCUCAGCACGCCGCCUAUGCAGACGAGUGAACAGCCCGACUCGCCAUCGCCCCGCCGCACUUGAGCCACAGGAGGGACCGUUUGGCAGGACCGGGACGCCUCCCAGAACCAGCGACAACUCGGCCUGGAUGGGGUAACUCCACCUGCUGCACACUGCCCUCGUCGGCUUCCGCCUGGCCCGAAUCAAGGUGGAACCAACCUUGUUUUUUUUUUCUCCAUUUUGUUUUGUUUUAUUCCAAAGGAGAGGGGUUUGAGUUGUUUUUCCCUCCCUUUUUCUUUUGUUUCCUUUUUUCCUUUUUCCGAUUGUUCAGCCCUUGUUUUGGCCGACCCCACACUUUUCCCCACUUUUCCCCACUUUUCGCCUCGUCGCAGCCUUCUUUUUUCGGCCGUGCCAACCUCGUGAGAAGAAGACCGGAGGAUUUCGUUUCUGGGUUUCUUGGAAGCUCGGUUUGACAUUUUCGUUUGACAUUCCCUCUCGCGUUCGCAACUAAGUGUUUACAUUGGUGUUUUUACUCUGUGGAAGACAUUUGGGUUUUUCUUCUUUUUUUUUUUUUUUUCUCUUUUCGUCGUCACAAUGGCUCGUAUGAACAGACCGGCCCCCGUGGAGAUCACCUACAAAAACAUGCGGUUCCUCAUUACCCACAAUCCCACCAACGCCACUCUGAACAAGUUCAUCGAGGAGCUGAAGAAGUACGGAGUGACCACCGUCGUGAGAGUGUGUGAGGCGACCUACGAUGCCACCCUGGUGGGGAAGGAGGGGAUCCAGGUUCUGGAUUGGCCGUUUGACGAUGGGGCUCCUCCCUCCAACCAGAUAGUGGAUGAUUGGCUGAACCUGCUGAAGGUGAAGUUCAGGGAGGAGCCGGGCUGCUGCAUUGCUGUCCACUGUGUAGCAGGGCUGGGGAGAGCUCCUGUCCUGGUCGCCCUCGCCAUGAUAGAAUGUGGGAUGAAGUACGAAGAUGCUGUCCAAUUCAUUCGACAGAAGCGUCGAGGAGCUUUCAACAGCAAGCAGCUGUUCUACCUGGAGAAAUAUCGUCCAAAGAUGCGCCUGCGCUUCAAAGAUUCCAACGGCCAUCGCAAUAACUGCUGCAUCCAGUAGAGCCAAACCGCGGACCACGCCAACCCCGCACAGGAGAAAAGUUCAAUUUAAUCUUGCUAGCUUAUUACCUGGCAGGCUUGUUUUCUUAGUCAUUGUGUUGAAGUAUUUCCUUUGGAAAUCCAUGCUCGGUAAUUCAAGUGUUCCCUUUCCUCUCCACUUUCAAAUUCAAGUGUCAAAAAAAAAAAAACAACAAAACAAACAAACAAAAAAAAAAAAAAUCAAAGGAAAAAAUAAGUAAAAGUUGUGUGAACCGGAAUCACAGUGUUUUUCUCUUCAUGUGCCCGUAGAAUUGGAAAGAGCCGCGCCGCCAGUAAGUCGUGUAUCAUUGUAAGCGUCCAGAUGUUGGGUUAUAUUCCUGUCGCAAACGCAUCCCAAAGAUUAGGAUUGGCCAGUGCGUUUACGUUGCCUGAGAAUGUGCUAAAACAACCGGUUUUUAUUUUAACGUACGCUGUUCUGUACUCCCCCCCCCCGCCCCCCCCCCCCCCCCCCCCCCCCGUUUAUGAAAUUAAUGCGGUUCCGCUCCAAGACUGACUAGAAAGAGGUUUGCCUUCCUUCAAAUCCGAUGGUUCAUCCAUUAAUGCCUUACAAUCGAAGUGGAACAAAGGCAAUCGGGCUGGGAGGCGACUCCCGCUGGCAUUUGGAAAAAGGUUUCAUUUUUCUACUCGGAACAAAAAAAAAAAAAAUUGUUGCCUUUGUCUUGUGCAGGAAGUCUUACACACACUUAUGC